AUGGCGCCCCCUGGUGAACGGAAGCCGAAUCAGGUGGAACAGAAAGUGGUGGAUCCUGAGGCUGAACUCAGCAAUGUCCUCAGAACUUACUUGAAGCUAGCUCCAAAAUGUAGUGUGGAGAAGCGAGCCGGUGGAGUUCCUCAGCUAGCUCCUCAAGAGAAGCAGCUCAGCAUCCUGGCACAUGAACUGCACGAGACUCUGCUCUGUAUCAAUCUCGCCCGAAAAGGCCAGCAUGCCGUCCGCGACGCCAACGUGAAGAGUGGAACCCGUUCCUCCAUAGUGGAAUACGAACAGCUGGAGUCUGAGCUGAGGGAUGAGAGGGCCCAGCAGGCUGAACUGGAUUGCCUCAACUAUCUCGCACAGAAGAAUGUGAUAGAAUUGUCCAAGAAAGUGCCUACUGAAGCCGAUGAACUGGGCAUGAUAGAGAAUGCCAACAAUCGGCUCCGACGCAUGGAGAACAGACUGGAUCUGGCCACCAAGAGGUUCUGUGUCGUCAACGCUGACAACAGAAGAGUCAGGGAAGAAAUACAUCGACUGCUUGUUGAGAGGAAUGGGUUCAACAUCCAAUGGAACCGCACCAUAGGCAAGCUGGUGAAAGGCAAGAUGUACCUCAUGGAUAUAUUCGAAAUAGCCUCCAUGGCCUUCGCGGACAGAGACGAGUGCUGUCGCAAAUUAGAAGCUUUGAAAUGGAAGGGGCUGUUUCAACUUAAUAGAGAUAUUUCUGAGAUGCAAGCAUUUGAAAGCGAACUAAAUCACCUGGCUAAACUAGAAGAAUUCCUACGAGUAAAAGGCUCUCGAAGGAUCUGUGAGGCUGAUGAGAAAGAGGAUAUCAAACGCCAAGAGGAAAUACAAGCCUGUGAGAAAGAUAUCGCCAAACAUGAUGCGUUGCUUGAUGAAAUAUUUAAAUACGCCGGUUCCGAUAGAGUGGCGACGAUCAUAAACCGCUUUCAAAUGACCGAGAUUGAGAACUUCUCAUGUUUCAUCUUGCUCUGCCAAGUGCUCCAAGAGUCUAUUAUUAUCAGAAGAGAACUGGAUAUACUCAGGCAAAGGAUUUUUGACCAACGCGAUAUAAACGAAGCCAGAGAAGAGAAGCAAGACAAGAGAAUAGCAGAAAUGACGAAGAAGUUGGAGGAACUUCGUGCGAGUACUCAACUGAAACAAGAGCUAAACAAUGCAGCUGAUGCCACUACGGCGAGGGUGCUGAAGGGCAUCGAUGAUCUUGUUAGAUUAGCAAAAUGCGACUGCACUCCUCUCCUAGCGCUACUAGGUAACCACAAGGACGUGACCAAAUGGAACGUCGCCAAGUUCCUCGGGAUUCUGGAGACGGAAGUCAAGGGUCUCAUCCAAGUUGUGUAUGGCGCUGUUAAGCCCCCAGCUCCGACGCCAAAAGCCCGCAAAGGUCCGCCACCGCCGCCCACGAGUAAACUGGUAGCAGAUCCAUACGUCGAAAUUAUAAGACCUAACAGGAUUGAAAAGCUAGUGCCUUACCAGCCUUGCGCAUAUUGCGUGGAGGACUACAUAAUGAACUUGGUGUUUGAGACGCCAGCGGUGCCAGCUACCAAGGAAUACGUUGAAUCCAUCUUCCAUCUCGAAGAUAUUAACACGAAAUUCGAGAUCUAUACCCUGACAAUACCUGCGAAGCGCCACCCGUACCGAGGAAAGAAAGAUUAAUAUUUGAUAUUUUUAUUUUCUAUAACAUUUAUUAAAUGAAUCAAUAUUGCAUAAUAAUUUUAUUAAAUUAAUAUAAUAUUACAACUAAGCUAUUCUUAUUAAAGU